AUUUUAACUCCAUCAUCGUCUUCUUCAUUCUACUCCUCACCAUGAAAACUAACACCCUCGUUUCCGCUGGUGCCGGCUCUGAUGAAAAUUACGUGGCCGCCGGCGAGGAGGAUGGUCCUCAAUCUCAGACCAUCUUUGACUUUCCACCUGAAUCAUUUUGGGUCCCCAAAGACUCAGAGCAAGACUGGUUCCACCAGAACGCCACCAUGCAACGUAAGUCCUCCUUCAAGCUCGCAAGGUUCUCCGUCACCGGAAACUGCCACCACCACCACAACAGCAACCCUUUCUCUAAUCGCUCGCUCUCCACUUUGAACCAUCACGACCACAACAAGUCUUCCCUCCUCGCUCUCCCCAUUUCCGACGGGAACCUCUGGCAAAACAAGGCGGCGGCGGCGGCCACGAGGGUGUUAUUCCGGAGCCGGUCCGAACCGGGAGGCAAGGGCCGGUUGGUGACAGAUGGAGCUGAACCCGGUUCUCCCGUGGUUUCUUGCACUGGCCGGGUACGGCCGAUGAAGAAAGAUGGAGGGAAGAAAACAGGUCUGUGGAAAACGCUGAGGACCGCUCUGAGGGGACGGCUCGGAGUUAGGCGGCCGCGGGUGGUGAACAACGCCGGCAGUGAAUCGGCCGGUUCGGCUGGAGCUGAGUCGGGCAGGUGGUCAGGCUCGUUGAGCGGGAAUAAUAAUUGACAUGGCGGAUUUGAUACCGUACGACGUAGGUGGAGUUGGUGGUGACGCCGUGAUUACACGGUUAUGGCCCACACACACAUUUAUCACUCCGUAUGUGUAUGUAUACCUUACCGGAAAGAUUUCCUGUAUGUAUAUAUCCUUACUUGUUUUAAUGAGAAAGUGGUAAGGCGUUUGGAACAAAAAAAAAAAAGAAACUUGCCAAAAUCUCAAAAAAUGACAUGUUUGAAACAAUCUAGACCCAGUUUUGUAAUACUAAAUUGUUUGAAUUGACUCUAAAGUGAUUAGAUUGAUUUAUUAAAAAAAUUAUAUUUAAAAUAUUUUUCAAUAAUAAAAUAAAGAAAAUAUUAUAUUAAAAAUAGCUAAAAUAGUUCUCUACUGUAAUUUCAGCCAAUAUAACUAGAAAAGUAACUUCAACCUUAUUUUUUCAUCUUUACACAAUUCAGUGCGUAAAAUUAAUAUUUACGUGUUUGGUGAAAAAAUUGACUGAUAAACUUGAUAAGACGAAAAGUAGGGUACCAAACGGGCUCUUAGUCAUAAGGCUAAUCAAAAUCUCAAACGGAAGAGGUAGGAUAUUGAAAAAUUCUAGUUGUACACAUAACUUGACCCCAUCUGGAAUACUUUUCUGUGUACACAGACAUCUCAUUUAGAAAAAAAACAAAUGUGUACAAAUCUUAUGUACACCAAUAAUUAUUGUAGUAUAUUUAUAUCUCCUCCGUGUUUUUUUUAAUUACAAGAUUGCAAUUGUAUAUCUCUUAUUCUCAAUUAGUAAAAAAUGUAAAAAAUAAACAAAUUUUGAAAAUUGUAAUGAGAAGAAUUGAACAAUAUUUUUAUAAAAAAUAUUUAUCAUAAAUUAAUAAAUAAAAAUAUAGUUAAUAUCUCUGUUCUAAAAAUCGUUCUAGGCGUCCGACUAGUCCUCGCCUAGGCGCUAGGCGGUGGUCGGGCGCCCCGAUUUUCGUCUAGGCGCUCCGACUAAUUGGUUUGCCGUCUAGGUGAAUUAGUCAGCCACCUAUGGCGCCUAGUUGCCCGCCUAGAGUGCCAAAUCGGCCGCCUAGACCGUCUAGAUUCACCGAACAUUACUUCACUUUUUAAUUUUAAUUUUUUAAGUGAUAUACGCACUUUAACUUUCGCCAUG